GAAACAGUGGCAGUGACUCCGUGGAGGGCGAGUGUGUGUUCGAGGGGGAUUACGCUGUCCCUCCUCUCCCGGUGACCGAGGGCAUGCAGCACAUUCGGAUCAUGGAGGGCGUGACGCGCUCUCUCCCCUCCUCUCCUCUGCUGUCCCAUCAGGCCCUCAACAUGCGUCUGCAACCCAUCAAGAGACUGCCAGGGGAUGAAGGGCAGAAUUUGGGUCCUCCUCCUUCUGUAGACGAGGCUGCAAACACACUGAUGACGCGACUGGGGUUCUUGCUCGGGGAUAAAGUGAAUGAAGGGCCUGCUGGAGCACAAUACAACAUGGAGGAGCAAGAUGAGCCUCAGUGCCUCUCCAUGACCCAGAGGAUCAGCCCCUGCUCCAGUCUGGCCAGCAGCACAGCCUCUCCUCCUGCUGGAAGCCCCUGCUCCACUCUGCCUGCUGGAGCCCCGGGUAAUAUGAGCACCCGAGACUGUGCUUACGGCUCCAUCACCAGUCCAACAUCCACACUGGAGAGCCGGGACAGCGGCAUUAUAGCAACGCUCACGAGUUACUCAGAGAAUGCGGAGCACGGAGGCAAACACAGCGAGGGAUCGCGGGGCAGUCUGAAACUCUGGCAGGCACAAAAGUCAAUGGGGACGGACUCCUUUCUCUAUAGGGUGGAUGAAAACAUGGCCGCCUCCACAUACAGCCUCAAUAAAAUCCCUGAGAGGAGCCUGGAGCACUCGGUGUCUCACUCCGCUCACUCCAUCCCGCUCUACCUCAUGCCCCGGCCCAACUCUGUGGCUGCCACCAGUUCGGCUCACCUGGAGGAUCUUGCGUAUCUGGAUGAGCAGAGACAGGCUCCGCUGCGCACGUCUUUGAGAAUGCCACGUCAGAACUCCGGUUCCAGCCGAUCCGGACAAGCAGACAUGAGAGUGAAACCUGUGCCUCAUUUUAAGGAUGAACCCUUUAAAGGACGCAUUCAAGGAAGGAAUCACGUUUGA